AUGGAGCUGGAUGGCCGUGUGCUGCUGUCCGAGCACGUGUACCAUGUGUGCCUGGGCCAUGCCUUGAUGACGGAGCGCGAGGAGGUUAUGGGCCUCUUGCUGGGGGACUCCCAAAACUCCGAGGUGCGGAUAUGGACUUCAAUGACUCUGCGGCGCAGCGACAAGCGCCCGGACCGGGUGGAGAUCGCCCCAGAGCAGCUGGUGGAGGCCGUGGACUGUGCCGAGCAGCUGAGCCAGGUGCUGAAGUGCAGCUGCCGGGUGGUGGGCUGGUACCACUCCCACCCCCACAUCACCUGCUUUCCCAGCCACGUGGACUUGCGCACGCAGCUGCAGUACCAGUCCAUGGACCCUGACUUCGUUGGUUUGAUCUUUGGUGUCUUCAACUACAGCAACGAUGGCUCCACGAGCCACGACCUCAUCGCCUUUCGUGCGGAUGCUGAGGCACAGCAGCGAAAUCUCCAGGUGGAGGUGGUGCCUCUUUGCCAGCUGCUGUCCGAGGAGGAGGAGGCAGCAGCAGUGCUGUGCCCGGCCUUCGGGGGAUCCUUCGGGCAACAUGCGCUGUGCUCCGCGGUGGAGCAGACCCUCAAGGAGGUGCAGGAGAUGUGCGAAUUGGAGAUGGAAGGCGCUGACCCUUUUCGACGGGUCAGGAGCUAUGUCCACUUCAUGCAGACUUUCGCCCAUCUGGCGGCGGAAAGCGUGGAGCCACUGGAGAGCCACUUCCAAAAUAUGCAGAAGAAUGCAGAGGCGGAAGGUUUGAUCGCCCCAAACCAUCGGGACGAUGCGGAACCCGUGCUGCUUGGUUUCAACCAGAAACUGCGGAACCAGAAGAGUACUGUCAGUCGCAGUUUCUUGAACAAUCCGUGA